AUGCGCGCAGCAUUCACGCUCGGCGGAAAUGCGAAGACGUGCGCACCAACGACGUCGUAUUCCUCCUCGUCUUUUUUGUCUUCUGCGUCUUCUUUGAUUCGAAGGAGGAAGGAGAGGCGCGAAGAAAGGAGAGUGUUAAUCCGCGCAUCGUCUUCUGACGCAAAUCCUUCCCGAAACAACUCGUCAUCCUCGACGAGCAAAGUCUCGGAGGAGGACGACGAGAGUUUCACGUUGGCGGACGUCGGCGAAGAUUCCACGCUCGCGGAGAAAAGGAACGAGUUCCAAGAGGCGAUCGCGAAAGCGCAGACGGAACAAAAAGAGAAGAAGAUAUUCGACGAGAAGAGCGAGAGUUCGACUUGGGAAGUGAAAGGAACUGAAGUUUCUUCUUUACCACCACCACCAGCGGUCGCGAAGCCUUUGACGGAUCUGAGUCCGAUUAACGUAGACGCGACGGCGAUAGAAAAAGAGAAGAAAAGAAAUGACGACGACGGCGAUAAGGAUGAACCACUGCGGAUGAUUGGUAGCGCGCCGGUCAAGUCGUCUUCGGGAGAACCGACGUUUUCCAAGCAGCUCUCGAGGACGGUGAAAGCGUUGGUUCCCGAAGGCGCGUCCGCGGCGACGGUAUUGAAAACGACGAAACGUUUCAUGGAGGCUUACGAGGCUGGGUUGACGCCAGAGGAGCAGAUUGGGUACGCGCUCGGUGUACCGACUGAUAAGUUGAACGAGACGCAGAAGAAGUACGCGCCGUUAGUGGCGGAGAAGUUGAAAGAAAACGCCAUGCAGUUGAAAGGCGAGUUGUUAGCGGCGACGAAUUUGUACGAAGCUGGGAUUCAGGCGUAUAGUGUAGGUCAGUAUCCGAAAGCGUUGAAAUUCUUCGGAAAUGCGUUGGAAGAAACGAGUGAUACCAGUUUGUUGGGUGGGAAAAUCCAAAUCUAUAAAGCUUUGACGUUGUACGCACUCCGUCGUCUGGAGGAGUGCAUCGAUUUGUAUACGUUUUUGGAAGGAACGCAUCCGAUCGGAAGCAUUCGUCGACAGGCUGGGGAGUUGAAGUAUAUCGCCGAGGCGCCGAGGUUAGAAUUAGAAGAAGACGAAUACGUCGACGUGCCGGCGGGAGUGAAAGAUGCCAACAGGUAUCGGGGAUACGGGAAAGUGGUUGGGAAAUCGGGAAAACCAAAGGUGCCAAAAACGUACACCGAAGAGGCGAUGGAGAGAGUGAACUACGCCAAGUACGCGCCGAAUCGGUUACAACUGAUUGGGUGGACUGCUGUAGCCAUAGGAUUAGCUUUGUACGGCGCGUACGUAACGAAAUGA